AUGUCCGCCUCUACUCUUCCCAAUCGUGAGGGCCUCGGCGUGUCACCCGCCAGGGAAGUGGUGGGGAUUCGGGGUCCUUUCGCGUCUACUCCAAAGGCGGCGGCGACGGACUCGACAUCAGAGGAAGGGGCUGGAGCGCCUUCCGAGUGCGACGCCGCAACGGCGGGGGUGUCUAAGGGAAGCGCAUUCGAGGUAAGAGUGAAGUCGACUGGUCAUCACGAGCGCCGUCGACCGCGAUGCUGCAGUGACGCCAGUGGCACUCUGCAGACCGCGAGGUCAGAGCGCAGCUCUUGCGCUCGCCAAGACAACGUGACCGACACAGAUGCGUCAGCGACCGCGCCUGCCACCUGCAUGAAGACGCAAAACAUCACCAGUGAGACUGCGGGUAGGGGCCCUUUGCACUCCAGCGCCGAGAGUACGACGACACCAUCGCUUUUAGAGCACCACGUGCAGGACGCCCUGCAGCACAGCAGUUACAGCGAUGGUGAGAACGCCUCUGUGCCGGCUUCGGCAGCCAACACCGUCAACUCCAUCGGAUGCACGGAGGUGCCACCAACAACAGCCGUCACAAUCUGGGUACCGACGCAGUUCACUACGGCUGCUGGACGAGCCAUAUGCUUGCGAGAGCGGCGACUCUUGACGGCUGCGUCUCCCUACUGGAGGCUUCUCUGCUUUGACCCGGCGAGGGAGGCGAUCGUGGCGCCGCCCGGCUCUUCCGCUGACGAGUGCGAUCACGACGAGGAGGCCGUCCUUGGUGAUGCCGGGGAACUUUCUGACACAAUGCCGACAGCAAAAAACGCUGCAGAGCAGUUGCCCGCGGACGCUGCUGCUGCUGCACUCCGCGGCGCUAUUGGUGAGUCAUGUUGCGCGGGCACAGUGAGUGCCGCGUCACCCUUGACAUCCACCUAUGCUGGUUAUGCGUGGGUGCAUCGUUGUGUGCGGCGCCGACGCGCCGCGUCGUGUCCUGAGCGCGUUCUUGGCUCUUGGUCGUAUGCCUCGGUGGGUAGGGACGCAGACUACUCGCUGCCACUCUUCUCGGGCUUCUGUGCCGCUGACGGCCGCCCUUUCUACUGCCACUAUCCGUCUGCUUCUGCCGAAGGACAAGAUCGCCAGCAGCGUCGAUCUGGCAGUGCUGAGGGUGCUUGA